AUGGCACCCCAAAACCGUGAUCGCCUCGUUUCAGUCAACGCUAUGGUCUCAGAACUACGCACGUACAUGGCGAGCUGGCGUACCUCGGCCUUCGCCAAGCAACUUCGAGCACUACUUUUAUCCCGCUCAGAGAAGUGGGCCAUUGAUCGAGCGGUCGUAAUCGGUCUCGGUUGCACGAUUCCUCGUCAGCUGAACGAGGAGACCGAUGAGGAGUACUGCUUGUUCCGCCGGCACAUUCUUUGCCAGUGCAUGAUGUUCCAGGAAAUCGCCAAUAUUUUCUCUUCUGAACAAGGGGACCGCAGCAUUGAGAUGUUUGCCUCUGAUCCAGACAUCGAUCGGCUCGACGAAGAACUGCUUGAGCGUCUAGGAAUCACCGUUGUCGACAAGUGGGAAGAGCUCGUAACAACGAAGACGUUCGUCUAUAGCCCUUUCGCCCCCUGGCCCGUUGGCCUCCGAGCCAUUCGUCGCUCACCGGAGCUAUAUCUCGGCGUCGACUGGACCGUGGUUAUAGAGCUCCAUGAUCCACGUGAUCCGAGCAAAAGGAAAGAGGGGCGUUGGGGCAUGACCAUGGAGCAGUACGCCGUCUGCGAGACCUUUCUAAAAGGACGUGUGGAGAGCAUAUUUCCGGGACUCGAGAACUUUCCGGAAUAUGCGGCAAUGGACUGGGAGAGAAUGUUGGAAAGCCACGCUGAACUAAUCGGUGUGACGUAUACGGCAUUAUUGGGGCCGUUCCGCCUCUACUGGCCGAAGCCAGCACUGCCUCCGGUAGAAGGCGAGGGAAAGCGCUUUGGUUAG